AAUUUGUGGCCCAAGACCAUCGAGUGAACAACAACGCAACCCAUCGUCCUCAUCUCAAGCUUUGAUCUCUCUCAGAGAAACGAGCGAAGAAGACGAAGACGAGAAGUUUCGAUUCCUUUGGGGUUUCCAAAACCCUAACCCUAGAAUCGAAGAUCAGCUCCUCCGGAUAGAGAUGGAGGUAAUAAAGGCGGUUCUUUUAGGGAUUUUGUUUGUAGUAGCACAAUUGUCAUAUGUGAUUGCUUCGCCUGUCACUGCUCCUGCAUUCUUAUGGUCUUCAAAUGGUCACGGAUUAUCAUCUCAUGGUGUUAAAGAAGUCAUCAAUUACCAAGCAAUCUCUCCAAAGGAUUUAGCUAAAUCUGUCCUCUCUGAAGGGGGUUGGUCAAACUUUAUGUGUUCUAUGGAGAACCAUCAGCGGGCAGUAGAUAUUGCAGUUGUUUUUGUUGGAGGAAAGUUGCAAUCUUCAGAUAUCUCGAAAACCAAAUUUAAGGAUCAAGCUUUGUUGGAUGUGCUGAAGCUUUCAUUUGGUGGCUCCAAUUUUUCCAUGGCAUUUCCAUAUGUUGCCUUAUCAGAAGGAAACGACAAGCUGGAACAUUCUUUGUUCUCAGGAUUUAUAGAAAAUUGUGGGCAUGAAUUGGCAGUGAACCAGAUUGCAUAUUUGGAAUCUUGCUCUGUUGAUGGCAAGGAUCUCAAGAAACUUCAAGACUUACAAUCGCUGCAGGAUUUUUUUGACUCAAGAAUGGAAAAAGGUAAGGAUGCGCAGGCCGAUCUGGUUGUUUUCUGCAGUGGAGGCUCUGAAGAGGUGGAUCAAACCAAAUCCGAAGGGGAGAUUUUAUCUGAACUAGUGAAUUUUCUGGAUAAAUCUGGUGCUUCAUAUUCAAUUCUGUAUGCUUCUGACCCAAAGAAAUCACUUCAGUACCCUCCUCAUUGGGCAAUAAACAGGUUUCUUGCAGAAAGCACCAGUGGCAAAUCUUCAAAUACAACCACGUGUGAUGGAGUUUGUCAAAUUAAAUCAUCUCUUUUGGAAGGAUUUUUUGUUGGGAUUGUACUGCUCAUUAUACUAAUAUCUGGACUGUGCUGUAUGAUGGGAAUUGACACUCCCACAAGAUUUGAGACUCCUCAAGACUCGUGAUGUCAUUGAAAGACAUUCUGAAGACAAGCAAUGAACAUAUAUAUAUAAUUAUCAGUAUUUGAUUCCAUAAGGACUCUGAGUUGUAACCCUACCUUUUACCAAUUGCAUCUGUGCGACCGAUGCUUUCAAAUUUCCUUCAAUUUACUACUCAUUUUCCUAAAGAAAAAACUUUUGUUGAUUGCAAUCAGUCUGUUGGUGAAGUUGGUUUGGGAAGUGUAUCCUGUGUAAUACUUUUGCCAUUUUGACAUAAAAAUUUCUUCACCGUUUUGAUCUGAA